UAACACGAAAAAUGUUAUUUUGCGCGCGAAGACCACGAUACACGGUUGUUUUGAUGUUUUUUGUUUGGAUUUUGGUUGCGUGAUGUUAUUAUCUAUUAUGUCUCGUUGAAGAUUAUGUUUAAAUGGUCUUGGUGGUUACUUUUGAUGUUUGUUGUUGAUAGUUAUGUGUGAUUUUUAUUUUCGGUGAUCGUAGUUGAAGAUUGUUAUCUAGGUUACUGGACAGAGUGUGUGCAAUGGAAAGGAAAGAUUUUAAGGAUUUGGAAGAAAAGCUAGCUCAUAGACGCGCAGAAUAUGCCGCGUCUGUAGACAAAAGUGCUUCGGAAGGUUUCCGUUGCAGUUAUUCUAAUUUAUCAGAGAAAUUUAAAUUGUACCAGAAAGAGGACUUUUCUAAACAAUUCUACCACAUUUAUGCUGUUCGUUUGGAGAAGAUGAGGGAAACGUGCUUGAAAAGGGUUCAACAAAAAUGGGGUAAAGAUGUUUGUGUUCUUAGGUUGGCGGAAAUGAAAGACGAAGAGCAGUUGAAAUGUGUCGUGAUCGGGACACUUUUCAAACACCAAGAACUGAAGCCGAGCAUACUGAAGGAAAUCAGCGAAGAGCACAACCUGUUGCCCCAACCCGCGAGGACAAACUUUGUGGACGACAGCGACAAGUUGAUUCUGGAAGACGAGCUCCAGCGCAUCCAGCUGAUUGGAGAGUUCAACGUCCACGAGGCGGUGACGGGCGUGGUGUGUGCCGUGCUGGGGACGCCGGACAGCUCCGGCAAGUUCCAGGUCGAAGAUUUCUGCUGGGCCGGUCCGGCAGCCUGCGGGAGUCCCAGGCAGUUGGACUUCGAAGGCGACAGGUUUGUUGUACUGGUCAGCGGACUUGGCGUAGUCGAUGAAGACAGUACAUUUUCUAUCAACUUGCUUAUCGAGUGUUUGGCUGGUGUGGUGCCUAACAAAUAUUCAGGGAAAAUAGCAAGAGUGAUAAUAGCAGGCAACUCUGUACGAAGCACUACUCAGCUUAAAGCAGGUACGGUCAACAGCCAAGAAAUCUUACCCGCUCUACAGGAGUUUGAUAGAAUUGUACACAAAAUCUCUAAGUGUGCGUUUGUGGAUGUGAUGUCUGGCGAGUUUGACAUCACCAAUCAUUUGUUGCCGCAGCAGCCGAUGCACUUCUGCCUGUUCAAAGAGGCGCUGCGCCUGAAGACUUUCCAGUGUGUGACCAAUCCCUAUGACUGCGAGGUGGGGGGUCGGCGGCUGCUCGGCACGUCCGGCCAGCCGGUGGACGACGUGGCUCGGUACAGCACUCUGGAGGACCCCCUGCAGAUCCUGGAGCAGACCCUCCGGUGGGGUCACGUCUCCCCCACCUCCCCGGACACGCUGAGUUGUUUUCCAUUCUACAAAGAAGAUCCCUUCAUCAUUUGCGACUGCCCUGAUGUUUAUUUUGCUGGAAAUCAACCAAAAUUUCAGACCAAGAUGUACGAAGAUAAUCAACAGAAAGUAAGACUUGUGUGCAUUCCAAGCUUUUCGAAGACUCAAGAAUGUGUUUUUGUGAACUUGCGAACACUAGAAUGUGAAACUUUGAAGUUUUUAGUAGGUUAAUUAGAAAUUUGUUUUCAGAGAUUUUGAAGCAGCUGUUCUCAUGUAACUUUUUGGUCAUAUUUUGUAUUUUUGUGUUAUUUUGUACUAAAAUGUGGAAAUAAUAGAUAAUUCUUUGUAAAUACCA